AUAAAAAAAGGAGGUCUUCUCAGGAAAACUCUCCCCACCCUUCUGAUCCGAGCUGGCAGACUACCUCAUCCACGGCUUUCUGUAAAUCUGCACUAAAUCGCGCACAUAUCGGAUUUCUGAUUAUACAACGACUCAUGAAGACUUUUCUACCGCUUCGUCUCUGAGCUGCACUGCGGAAAUCUCACACGGGACUAUCCUACUGCUUCAAACCAGAAGUGCCAACCACAGGAGUCUGUUUGUGUGUGUGUGAGUGUGUGUUUCCACGGCAGUUUUAUUGCCCAAUUUGUGUGUGUGUGAGUUUUCUGUUCAACAAUGUAUCAAGUCGUAAGGAAGCUGUUUUUUACGGACUGUAAGUGUGCUGAAGAUGCAUCGUCGAAAACGUACCAAGAACUGUUCGAUAAACUGGACACCAACAAGGAUGGAAAAGUGGAUGUGUCCGAGCUGAAGGCGGGCCUGGCUGCUAUGCGCAUCAAAACUGCGGCAGGAGCAGCCCAGAAAAUCAUUUCCUCUGGAGACCAAGACAAGGAUGACGGGCUCGACUUCAACGAGUUCACCAAGUAUCUAAAGGAACAUGAGAAGAAGUUGCGGCUUACCUUCAAGAGUUUGGACAAAAACAAUGAUGGUCGAGUAGACUUCAUGGAGAUAAAGCAGUCGCUCGCCGAUCUGGGACUGGACAUCAGCAAAGAGGAAGCAGAGAAGAUCCUUCAAAGUAUUGAUGUGGAUGGCACCAUGACUUUGGACUGGAAUGAAUGGAGGGAGCAUUUCCUGUUCAACCCAGCCACCAGCCUGCAGGAGAUUAUCCGAUAUUGGAAGCACAGCACGGUGCUGGACAUUGGGGACAGCCUCGCCAUCCCAGAUGAGUUCACAGAGGAAGAGAAGACGACCGGUCUGUGGUGGAAGCAGCUGUCAGCGGGGGCCAUGGCAGGAGCCGUGUCCCGUACAGGAACUGCCCCGCUAGACAGGAUGAAGGUGUUCAUGCAGGUGCAUGCCUCUAAGAGCAACAAAAUCAGCCUGGUUGGUGGUUUUAAGCAAAUGUUAAAAGAAGGAGGCUUGACAUCUCUGUGGAGAGGAAACGGGAUCAACGUGCUGAAGAUUGCCCCAGAGACCGCCAUUAAGUUUAUGGCCUAUGAGCAGUACAAGAAGCUGCUGGCGAGUGAACCAGGGAAGGUUAAGACCCACGAGAGGUUCAUGGCUGGAUCGCUGGCUGGAGCUACAGCACAAACUGCCAUCUACCCUAUGGAGGUAAUGAAAACCCGUCUGACCCUGAGGAAGACUGGACAGUACUCGGGAAUGUUUGAUUGUGUCAAGAAAAUCCUGAAGAAGGAGGGGGUGAAGGCAUUUUACAAGGGCUACAUCCCCAAUAUUCUGGGCAUUAUCCCCUACGCUGGCAUAGAUCUGGCAGUGUACGAGAGCUUGAAAAACCUCUGGUUGUCCCGCUACGCCAAAGACACCGCCAACCCAGGCAUUUUGGUGCUUCUUGGCUGUGGUACCAUAUCCAGCACAUGUGGCCAACUUGCCAGCUACCCCCUGGCUUUGAUUCGGACCAGGAUGCAGGCACAAGCUUCUAUUGAGGGCUCAGAGCAGCUGUCCAUGAACCUGAUGGUGAAGAAGAUUGUGGAAAAGGAAGGCUUUUUUGGACUUUACCGCGGUAUCCUGCCCAAUUUCAUGAAGGUCAUACCGGCUGUCAGCAUCAGCUAUGUGGUGUAUGAGUACAUGCGGUCUGGCUUGGGUAUUCAAAAGUAGGCAGCAGUUGUCUCUGACUGUACGUGUCUGCGAGAGUGUGAGAGGAUGUGCAACAUUUUGUUCUAUUUCAAACUAUCUUGUAAAGAAUUUGUUUACCUGUGAGACACCAAAGUCAGGACUCAAACCGGUGCAGAUGGAGCCAUUGUAGAAGUGACUGCAGGACUUUGGCUUAACUGUCGAGCCAUUAUAAAAAAGAAAGUUUACAAAAUUCUGCAGUACUCACAUAGGGCUCAUGAUAAUCAGACUUCUAUGAUGUUUCCAACUGCAUGUUGUUUGUCAAACCUGCAUUUUUGGAUACACACGCAGAUUUAAGUACACAUUCAGUGUUAGGGCCAGGUUGGGUCACAUGAUUCAACCAAAAAAGAUGCAAACUAAGAGUAUGAAAACCAAAAACACUUGUAGAGGUUCAUUUUGAUUUGAAAACAGAUUUGUUUUGUUUAAUUGUUGCUUUGGAAAGAAAUGUCAACAUUUUUAUACAAGGCUUUUCGAGUAUGGAUUCUGUUAUGUCACUGCAUCAGAAAUAUGUCAUGUUCUGUUCAUGUGGAAUAACAAAUGUUGUUUGCCGCCUUUAUCAAAAGUAGAAAAUCCACUUAUAAAAUAUAAUAAUAUAACAAAUUAUUAAUAUGCACUUUGUAAGUGGGGAGCUUUUUCACUUAGAAAUUAGAAGUGCAAUACUGAAUUUAUACUUCAGGUGAUUCACAUUGUUUUGUUGACACCGGUAUGUCCUUUUGGAAAUUUGGUUUCACCGCAGUGUUGUUGCUUCCACAAGGGUCUCAUUUACAUAGGACAUAAUUAAUGCACCUUUUCAGUGACUUUGGGGAGUAAUGUGCCUUAUCCACCCUCCACUGUUUGUUGCCUUUCUUUCCAAUAUUUGUUUAAAUAGAUGCUGGUGUUUACUAUAAUAAAACAUUUGAAUACAAAAGUGA